AUGCCUGGUUUUCUCGGAAGUGAAAAGCAGUUUCAGUCUCUGUUUGGUAAACCCAUUCUACAGAGUAGAGACGUAAAAUCGUCCUCUAAGGAACAAGAAGCUGGUGAGUGUCCAUGGAUUGAGUACUAAGUAGCUCACACACAACUUGUGUAGCUUUUGGUCCGUGAUGAAAAAUAAGGCAGCGUAAACAGUAAAUUGAACGUCAGAGCUCCAAUCUUCUUUCCGUCACUCAAGAGUUCCACGGAGCCGCUAGAUACACGUGUUAGUUACCUCAGCACCCUGACAUCUGGCUCAGCGUUUGUUGAACAAAAAGGACAAUAGUUAUCGUGCCUCACCAGUAAAAAAAAAAAGAAAGUGGUCUCUGCAAGACGCUCCCGCUUUUCGGUUGUCAUAGGGUUAAUACUUCGUGUAUUCGACUGAAAUGUUAGAUGGUUUUACCCUGAAUUUCUCCCCAGUCUCACCCUUUUCAUUCCAAAGACCACGCCCUAAAGAAAGUGAGUUGUCCCUCCUCGGUGAUGAUUUUGUUGAAAAAGUAGAAAAUGAAGUAUUAGGUAUUUUUUUGGGAGAAUUUCCGAAAAUUGCCCUCCAGAUCGUUCCUCUCACUCAAGAAAAAAAUUUUUUCGUUUUACAGGUUCAGUUAUAUGAAGAAUUCUCCAAGUCUCAGGUCAAGAAAGGUUUGGAGGAAACAGUUUCUCACAUCGAUGAAGAAAACAAAAACGAGAAAGCAAGCAAAGAUAAUCCUCACGUUUUCCAGGUUAGUAUUGAUUUCAUUCUUACUGCCAUACAACGUUUAUUUUACUUGUUUAAUUGUGAAUUUGAUCAUGGACACCAGUCUGUCCUCAGUGCUUACCACAAAUAACCUUAUGCAGUAUGAAUAUUCAUUCAAUCUGACAUGUAAAUAAUUCCCAGGCUCUUCAGUACCUGCGCAAGCUAUGCAACCACCCGCUUUUGGUGCUCACCGCCAAUCAUCCAGAAUACACCAAAGUUAUGGACCAAUUAAAUCAACAACAUGUCUCCAUCCCGGACAUUCAGCAUGCCGCCAAACUUGUUGCUCUCAAGUAAGUCAGGUUAUUUGUUAGUGUAACUUCAAGGCAUUGUGCGGUUACCAUAACAGUAAUAUUUUAACGGAUUGCUUACGGAUAGACUUUGAACUUUUGCAAGCACUCUUUUAAGACUGGCACGCCUAGAGUACCAUUGAUUUCUGAGUUUCUUAAAAAUAGGGGUUUCUUGAAUGAAACUCAUAAAAUCCCUCACCUAAUGUAAGGUCUUCUCUGUUUUCAUCCUUUCCUUGUAACCAGUUCAUAAAAACUACUGCGCAUUCUGUCACCAUGAUAGCAGCAUACUUUGCUUAGAGGUGAAAAAUGAAGUCAUUUUUUCCUAUCAAGAAUAUUCCCUCGUCAUUACAUAUGUUGGCGUUUAGGCGUUUGACCUUUAGCUGAUUGUGAAAAUAGUUUUGUUUGAUGUUCGCCUCAGGUUACUAUAGUUGAACUAAUUCUCUCUUUCUGUCUACAAAUUGAUCAACAGGCAGCUGCUGAUGGAUUGUGGGAUAGGAGUUAGCUCCUCAUCCUCAGGCUCCAGUGAUCUGUCUUCAGACCCUAUAGUGUCCCAACACCGGGUGCUGUUGUUCUGUCAGUUAAAGAGCAUGUUAGACAUCGUUGAAAAUGAUCUUCUUAAGUAAGAGCAAUCUUUUUGUUUUUUGUUUAAAUUGUUUUUUUUCGCCAUGCUGCUUGAUAUUGCUGCAUUCGUCUUUGGUUUGUCCAUUUGACAAUUAACCAGAACAAGACUCUAUGUGUACUUGUUCGUGGGUAGUACCUCGCCGCUACGUCUCAUGUUGUCGCUGUGGUGAUCGAACACGUUUAAAACAGUUUAUAUUUGUACGACGUGUUGCAAGGACAAAGUAUCAUUUUAUCAAACUUUCUUCAUUUAACACGAAGUGAAUUGUCGGAGAAGCUGGUAAAUCUUCUCAUUAAUAUUCAGCCUUUGGGAGUGGAAAGAUGUAAAGGUUUGAAACUUAGCCUGCUUCUUAUAUUCAGUUUGCUUUAUUCACGCAGAAAACAUAUGCCUACAGUGACAUACCUCAGACUAGAUGGAAGUACGCCUGCGGGCUCGCGUCACUCGCUCGUACAAAGGUAAGAUUUCUUUCAUUUGAGAUUUUUCGGUUCCGCUUAUUGGCCAUGGUCCAAUAUCUCGCGGAACAAAGGGAGGAAACGAUGGUCUGGUAUCCAAACAAUAUUACAAGACAACCUACGACAUAUAACCUAUACACACAAUUCCCGUAUUCGGUGCACGCCUCCCCCUAGAUAUCGUCUCGACAUUAGCAUACGUAAUUAAUCGUCACAACUAUAUGACAAGUACAUGACAUUUUCACAAGUAUGCCAUACCUAGACUGCUAUGCUACAGAUGGCUUCUCCACGAACAAAUCAUUGCCAGGUUUCUGUGAUGCACCCUGAAUGGGCCGACUGGUAACGAUUUUCUGCUUUCAACGCAUUUUUUGGAUAAUAAACGCGACGUUUAACAGCUUUUCUGUUACUUAGAGACUUAUUUUAUCCUCAGAUUUAACAACGAUCCUUCAAUCGACAUUCUAUUGUUGACGACACAUGUUGGAGGACUGGGAUUGAAUUUGACUGGUGCCGAUACGGUCAUCUUUGUGGAGCACGACUGGAACUCAAUGAAGGACCUACAAGUACGUAACCACAACCUUUUGAACCUGUCCCCUCCCCCCUGUAUAUUCCGAUUUUCACCAACUUUGCUCAAGCUUUGUUUUUGGUAGAUGCGAUCAGUUGCCUUUUCUUGAUUGCUUCGAUCCUUUUUGUAGGCCAUGGACCGAGCUCAUCGUAUUGGACAGAAGAAGGUUGUAAACGUGUACAGAUUGAUUACACGGGGAACACUCGAGGAAAAGAUUAUGGGGUAGGUUUUAAAGCAGCACUAUUUGAAUCAUACAGCACAGUGCAAAUAGGUUUUUACGUUACACUCUCGACGAGAAACCUCCUUCUUUAAGCCAUUUAGAUAUCCUGAGAUAGGACUAACAUUAACGCUCGUUAAGUUUUUUCCGAAAGCGGGUGACGCCAGAAAACUCAGCUUCUCAAACGUUUUUUCACUUUUUUUUAAUGUAAGUAUCUCACUUGCCCAUUGACGCAGCGGUAAAAGUUUAUUUAUGAAGGAAUAACGUCUAAUAAACAAUUAUUCCACGAGCGCCCGUUGGAUAAGACUUCCGAUUUAACUCGUCUUCAUGCGCGCGCGUGAUGACUCAUAACUCAUGAUGGCGAAGCCAAUGAAAACUCUUAAAUUGCAUUAUCCAAUGAUCCAGUUUUUAAUAACAACUUGUCGUCAGCUUUCCAAUUUCCCGAAGGUGGAUAGAACAAUCAACAUCUCUUUCGCGUCUUCCUUUGUUCUCAAACUUAUGAAAGACAUUCUCAUUGUCCGCUCGUUUCUAAACCUAAUUGUCAAGUGAUAACAUACUAUACACUUAGAUAUUUUAUAAAUUGAGUCUUCAAGUCGGACAUUUUUUUUCUGUUAGACUCCAGAAGUUUAAACUGAACAUCGCUAACACAGUGAUCUCGCAAGACAACUCAAGCCUAUUGACCAUGGAUACUGGACAACUCCUGGAUCUCUUUUCAGUCGACCAAGAAAAGAAGAGAGAAAAACCAAGUGCACAACAGUCGAAUGCGACUGGGAAGACUUCGCUCAAAACUAUGAUUGAAAAUUUGGGAGAGCUAUGGGACGAGGAACAAUAUGAAACAGAAUACAAUUUAGACAACUUCAUUGGUUCGCUGAAGUGAAAAAUAGUAUGCGUCAUUUUGGGAUAGAUGAUCGUCAGGUUGAAAACCUGGCCCUAUGUCUGUGUUGGUAGAGGCGAAGUUGUUCUGGUCAUUGAAGUUUACCUUGGAGCAGCCAUAAAGAUUCAAAAAGGAGAACCGAGGUUAAUCGUAAGGUUAAACACCUUCUUGGGUCGUUGCCCCGCAUUUUGCGAAAGGAAGUUGGAAAUUCAAACAUUGCUCAGGAAGUUUCUUCAACAGUUUAUGAAGUGACAAAGAGAACAAGUAAGGAAACAGACAACCAAAACAAAUUUUGAUUUGACAUUCUCAAAUUAAAAAUGCCUCAGAAAAUUGACGAUGAUGUACACAUUUUGUAAGUAGUAGGCUGGAUUUCAUAAAGUUAGCUCGCGUUUGCAUAUUAUUAAAAUAACAAGAACACAUUCAGAUUGAUUUGAACGCAGCUAGCGUAUAUUCGGGCAUUGGACGUCGCGCUCCAGGAAAGACACUUUCCUUUGUUUGUGAUUCAGAUCAAAUUCCCGCUUACGAAACGAAACAUUUUUGGUGAUGUCAAUCAGGCAUGUGGUGGAAUAAAGGUUUUCACUUUGUUAUAGUUGUAUUGUUUUGUUCCUUUUUUCCGUUAUGUCAAAGCUAGGAGAAGGAGAGGACUGUUGGUGGUUUUUAUUAAUAGACCGGUCAUCACAGUUCUCCUGAACAGUGAACAAAAUCAAGAACUUCUUUUUUGUGAUAAGUACCCGAAGUAUCCGUUUGAAUCUUCAAUAAGAAUGGCUACAAUCUAAGCAUUUGGAUGUUAAGUUCAAAAACUUCUACUCGAUUAGGAAUAAAGACUCGAUGAAUCCCAGUUAAACAAUGACUAGACCCGGGUAGGGUGGGGAACUGUUUAGUCGCAGGGAUGCACAAAAGGUUAAGGGAGGAUUUUGGAAUGUGUUCCAAUUAACGAACGAAUUUAGCGAAUCUAAGCAGUCCAAAUCAAAGUUUACUCUAAGGUCACCAAGCGUAGAAUAAGGUGGGAAUAUUUAGAACGGUCGUGAAAAUAACACGAAAACAAAAACUUCAAGAAGACAGAAUCCUGACUCGGCGCAUUACGCUCUCUCUGUGAUCCAAAUAGACUUGAACUCUUUUAAAAUUGUAAAUAAAGGGUUAAAUUACUGUCGUGAUCAAAUAAUUUUCGAGGGGAGACAAAAAGACUGAUAUCAUCAAGGUUAUUUCCCUCACUCCACCCUUCCCCCCCCUCCGAUUUGUCUGGCCCUUAACCGGUUAUGAUAGGCAACAUUCGCGAUCGCACAAAAUGCUUUCUUGCGCUGUCUUAUGACUGAGAGACGUGAAACCCUUACUACUCCGGCAACAGCACAAAGGCAAGCGGCCGAGCCACUAAGACAUGACACGAAAUAAACACGACUAAGAGGAAAACUGAAUUUUGCAUGUACAUUAUUAACAGAUAAUCACUUUUUUUCUCGUACAAUUU